UCCCUUCCAGUCUAUUAUGUCCUAUAAUGGUGGGGCCGUCAUGGCCAUGAAGGGGAAAGACUGCGUUGCUAUCGCAGCUGAUCGGCGAUUUGGUAUUCAAGCUCAAAUGGUGACCACAGACUUCCAGAAAAUUUUCCCAAUGGGAGACAGACUAUUCAUUGGCUUGGCUGGACUUGCCACAGAUGUUCAGACAGUCGCCCAAAGGCUCAAGUUCCGCCUGAAUCUCUAUGAACUGAAGGAGGGCCGGCAAAUCAAGCCCCAGACCCUGAUGAGUAUGGUGUCCAACCUCCUGUAUGAGAGACGGUUUGGACCUUACUAUGUAGAGCCCGUUAUAGCCGGGCUGGAUCCCAUCACAUACAAGCCUUUCAUCUGCUCCUUGGAUUUGAUUGGCUGCCCAAUGACAACAGACGACUUUGUGGUCAGCGGGACCUGUGCAGAACAGAUGUAUGGCAUGUGUGAAUCCCUCUGGGAGCCGGAUAUGGAACCAGAUCAUCUCUUUGAAACCAUAGGUCAGGCCAUGCUUAAUGCGGUUGACAGAGACGCAGUGUCGGGGAUGGGCGUGAUUGUUCAUGUAAUUGAGAAAGACAAGAUAACAACCCGGACACUGAAAGCUCGCAUGGACUAACCAAAGAUGUGGUAUUUUGGGGAUGCUCAACUUCUUUAUGAAAAUGCUGAUGGCUGGAAUGCAGCUCUUGGAUUUAAAAAAGCCACACCUGUAACUCUCUGCUGUCAAGGAAAGUGGUUGUUAAUAAUGGGAUGUUAUUAACAAAUAAAAACUCUGGUUUUUCAACUAUAA